GUUUAGGGAACCGGCGGGCGGGCCGCGGCGGGCUGACUCUCCUUCCUGCGCCUCCUUGGUGCUGGGAGGCGGGCCGUGAAGUCGCGGUCCGCGCCGCCGCCUCUCGGGCCCGGCCGUCCCACGUGACCUACGCGGGCUCUAAAGCGGCUGGCUGCACCGAGGCGGCGGCGGCGGCGGCGGCGGCGGCGGCGGCGACCGCUGCUGGGGAGCUAGCGGCCUGGCGAGGGACCGGCCGGCCGCCCUCUCGGACAGCCGCGGCAGAGGACAAAAAUGGCGGAGGCUUCGGCGGCCGGGGCGGACGCGGGCGCCGCUGUAGCCGCGCACCGGUUUUUCUGCCACUUUUGCAAGGGCGAGGUCAGCCCCAAACUACCGGAAUAUAUUUGUCCCAGAUGUGAAUCAGGCUUUAUUGAAGAAGUGACAGAUGAUUCCAGUUUUUUAGGUGGUGGCAGCAGCAGGAUAGACAAUAGCACAUCAACACAUUUUGCAGAGCUCUGGGACCAUUUGGAUCACACGUUUUUUCAAGAUUUUAGACCAUUUUUAAGUAGUAGUCCACUGGACCAAGAUCAUAGAGCCAACGAGAGGAGUCACCAAACUCACACUGACUUCUGGGGACCAAGUCGGCCUCCGCGGCUGCCAAUGACUCGGAGAUACAGAUCUCAAGGAAGUUCUCGACCUGAUAGAUCUCCAGCUAUUGAAGGAAUAAUACAACAGAUCUUUGCAGGAUUCUUUGCAAAUUCUGCAAUUCCUGGAUCCCCACACCCCUUUUCUUGGAGCGGGAUGCUGCACUCUAACCCUGGGGACUAUGCCUGGGGUCAGACAGGACUUGAUGCCAUUGUAACCCAGCUUUUAGGACAACUGGAAAACACAGGGCCUCCCCCAGCUGACAAAGAAAAGAUCUUAUCUCUUCCAACAGUGACAGUAACUCAGGAACAAGUUGAUAUGGGUUUAGAGUGUCCAGUAUGCAAAGAAGAUUACACAGUUAAAGAGGAAGUCCGGCAGUUACCUUGCAAUCACUUCUUUCACAGCAGUUGUAUUGUGCCAUGGUUAGAGCUGCAUGACACAUGUCCUGUAUGUAGGAAGAGUUUAAAUGGUGAGGACUCUACUCGGCAAACCCAGAGCUCUGAGGCCUCUGCAAGCAACAGAUUUAGCAAUGACAGCCAGCUACAUGACCGAUGGACUUUCUGAAGCUAAAGACCACACCUGAACCAGGAUUGUGGUAGUCUUCUUACCAUAGCUCUAAAUUAUAUCAAAACAAAAUAAUAGUAGAUGGAUUUAGGAAUCACGUAAGAAACCCAACCCAUAAUAUUAAUGCAAUGAGUGUUUUUCUUCUCUAAAUUUAAGGUUAGUAUAUACAGAUAGAGUUGUAUCUGCAACCAAAUGCCUCUUAUUCCUGAAUUCAGAGUGAUACUUUUAUAAGUGUGAAACUUAAUUAUGUGGGUUUUCCCCUGCCUGAAUAGAAUCAAGUCCUUAAAGUCUAGCUAGGUUCCUGCUAUCUAUCAUGUUGCCUUGUAAAGGAUGUUUCCACCUCCUUCUCCAACCUCUACCCUACCAUUAGUGUAUUUUAUAGAAAGUAUAGUAGAACCAGAGCCCUGAAGUCCUGCUGAUAUAAAGUCCUUUGUCUUAAUUGUAUAAAAAUAUCUACUUUUGACCACGUUAGCCAUGAAAUGAGGUCAAAUUUAUUCAGGAAUCUAAGAAGAUUUUGUUUUGUCUUGAUCCCUAGAGAACAAAUCAAAGAAAAAUUACAAGGGGAAGGGAACAGUAGAUGUUCAUCAUAUGCUUUGGUUUUCUUAUUUUAAUUUUUAAAGACUACUUCAGGAGAUGCACUUUCCCCAGAAACUGAUGUAACAUGUCUUAGGAGUUUUAUGUUAGUAGGGAUCUGAUUCUGGUUCCUUUUUGGGAAUGAGUUGGGCAAUGUAUAGGCACAGAAAGACAGAUGUUUGAAAUCUUUGCUUCUCAGAUUUUUAAAAAUGAUUCCCAACUUGUUGUUUACUGUCUUUUGUCCUAGAAAUCUUGAAACAAUUUUCCUCACAGAAAUAGAAUUACUUCAUUACUGCUUCUAUAGCCAAUUCACUGUUUACAGUAAUUCAUUAGUCUUCAGGAUAUUAAUACACAGUCGCAUUUUAAUUGUUUAAGUCUAUUUUUCACUUCUAAAACUUCCCUCUUCUGCUUGGUUCUGGCUAUACCUGGAGUCAGACUGACUAAUGUGGUCAUGAUCAAAACACCCCAGCCUGGGAGAGGUAGGCCUUAUUUUUUUAGCCCGACGGUGUCCCAUGCACAUGCUCGUUGUAGCAUUUAAGUGUUUAAAGUUCAAUAAAUAAAGAAGGUAAAAAAUAUCGUUGGAA